AUGAAGGAGGUCCAUAAAAAGUCUGGUAAAAAAAAAGAUAAAAUCCCUGAGCCAAAGGAGGUUGAACUGACUCCUAAGCAGCUCAAAGAAAAACGCAGAGAAGAAGCCCGAGCAAGAGCGGCAGAGUCGCGAAAAAUCGUCGCAGCGGGAGUCGUAUCUUGGACAGGCAAGCUUCCUGCCCAACUUCUCAACGAAUAUUGUCAAAAGUUGAAAUGGGAACGGGUAGAGUACCCGAUCAAGGGCUCAAAUGAUUCACAUGUUGCAUCCGUUAUCGUUGCCCGGCGUAAUCCAAAAACAAACCAAGUCGAGAAAAUUAGAUUCGAUCCACCCAAAGAUCUGGUUCAACCACAGCCAACCCCUUUAGAAGCUCGGCACCUUGCUGCUACUUAUGGUUUGCACAGAAUAUCGUCUCAUAAGAACUGGAAAAUGAUGCUCCCCCCGAUGCAUCGUGAUUUGUGGGUGCAAUUCGACCAAAUAAAAUCUCAAGCACCGGAAAAGGACAAAUGGAAGUGGAGUGAGGAUCCAUUUCAAGCGGAAGAAGAAAGAAAAAUGGCUACUCAAAGGUACAAGGAACAAAGGGAACAAAGCCGCGAGUCUGAGAAGGAGAAAGUUCUUCUUAAUGCUAUUAAAAAAGUAACUCUCCAAGAAACCAAGGUUGAUAGCCCAGAAAAACCCUCUAAGAGAACCAAUUUCAACUCCACUCUCAACAUGUCCAGACCUAUGCGAGAAUUAGUUGAAAUUACCAUCAGAGAGAAUGGUGGCUUCCAAUUUUCUUCGGCCCAUGCACUCGAUCCUGAGCUACCAAUCUAUAAAGAGAUUUGUAGUACUAUCGGCAAACUGGGGUUCAACAAAAGUCAAAUAGAAGAGGCUCUGGAGUACUCUAACACUCUAAGCCGAGCACUGGCUUGGCUUUUGAUUCAUGUUCCAGAGGAUGAUCUCCCAAAACUGUUCAGGCCUACAACACUUGGAACCACUGCUCGAAUUUCAGCUGCAAUGAAUGUGGAGAAUGCUGUAUCGAAAAUCCGCCAAUUCGGAUUUUCGGAGGACAUCGCUCGCGAUGCGAUGGCACGCAUAGGUGGUUCUAUGAGCCAGGCGAUGGUCUACUUGACACACCAGUUGAUAGAAAGAGUACCGAUAGAGAAAGAAUCUGAAGACAUCUGGGCUGAAGAGAUUCAAAGCGUGGAGGCAGUUUUUGGUGACCACUUCAAAGAACUCGAUGGGAAGUCGUGUAAGUUGGAUUUGGACGGCGGACUGACUAUUUAUUUCUACAAGCCCGUUGCAUAUCCAGACAAUAUUCCCGGUAUUGGAAUCACCGCAAACUCUGAAAGCAUCCCCAAGUAUGUUGUUUUAGAUGCAAUUAAAAGGGCUGCACAAUACGCCGAGCAGCUGGUUGGUGAUUUUAUGAUUUUGAGUAUCGCAAACUGGAUUGCAGACAAUUUUGACGAGAUCAAAGCAAACCCCUGCAAGCUGGCUCAAAUUUCAAGCGGUGUCAGUGGAACAAUUGAGCUCCCCAGUGUUGUUAAAGAUAAAAAGUCGACAAAGGCACGCAGCAGUUACCGCUGGAGGCCACUGGAUUCGAGCCGUUUGCUGAAGGAACAUGAAACAAGGUUUGCUGGUGAGAAAGGAACGAAAUUGCUGGCAUCUCGCCAGUCUUUGCCGGCUUGGUCCAAGAAGAAGGAAAUUCUCGAGGUCGUGACAAGCAAUCAAGUGACUUUAAUCACAGGUGAGACAGGUUCAGGAAAGUCGACACAGGUAGUCCAAUUCAUUCUGGACCAAAUGAUUGCUUCAAAAACUGGUGGUACAGCGCACAUUGUCUGUACACAACCUCGCAGGAUUUCAGCCAUUGGUGUUGCGCAGCGCGUGGCUGAUGAGCGAUUGGUAGAAGUUGGAAGCCAGGUGGGGUAUAUUAUUCGAGGAGAAACCAAGAUCAGCUCGGAUACACAAUUGAAGUUCGUUACCAGUGGUGUAUUACUUCGUAUGAUUCAGUCCGAUCCUAAGAUGCUAGAAAGCUUCAGUCAUAUCGUUGUAGACGAGGUUCACGAACGCUCAUUGGACAGUGACUUUCUUCUGAUUCUACUGAAAAGAAUAUGCGCGAGGAAUAAAAAGCUCAAAGUGGUUCUAAUGUCAGCCACCGUAGAUCCUGCUUUGUUCAUAAAUUAUUUCAAACCAGUGUCAGGUACAGUUGGUUAUACCCACAUCGAAGGUCGCACAUUCCCGGUGCAAAAGUACUAUCUUGAUGAGGCCAUCCGGCAAACGGACUAUGUUCCUUUCGACUUGGCAGAAGAUGGCGUUAAACCAGAUGAAAUUGGCAGAAUCAUCACCUCUAUGAGAGACGGACUCGAUUACAACCUUAUUGCCACACUUGUUGCCUAUAUCCAUCAGGUAGUACUAGGGCAGAAGGAAGGCAGUAUUCUCAUAUUCAUGUCUGGAGUUGCAGAAAUUGAGCGCGUUGUAAGGGCUAUAGAGAAGGAGGUUCGGAACACUUGGGUUCUUCCACUUCAUGCCUCACUGUCACCAGCAGACCAGCGCCUAGUUUUCAGAAGCCCUCCAGCGGGUAAGAGGAAAAUUAUUGUUUGUACAAAUAUCGCGGAAACUUCAAUCACUAUUGCGGAUGCUGUCGCGGUGGUUGACUCAGGACGAGUUAAAGAGACUGUCUACGACCCAUCCUCUAGCGUUAUCAAACUGGUCGACAACUGGACAUCUCAAGCUUCAACAACACAAAGAAUGGGACGUGCUGGACGUGUUCAAGCUGGAGUCUGCUAUAAGCUAUUCACCGCACAGAUUGAAUCAGAGAAAAUGAUUCCUCGGCCAACACCAGAGAUCCUUCGUGCUCCUCUGGAAUCACUCUAUUUGAGCAUAAAAGCGAUGAAAAUAAAUGAUGUUGAGAAGUUUCUGGGUGGAGCACUGGACUCACCAAAUGCAUCUGCUCUAAAAGAGGCCCGUGACAAUCUCCUGAGAUACGGCGCAAUCUCGUACGAAGACAGUGCUUUGACUCCUUUGGGUCAGCACAUGGCUCUGAUUCCGGCAGAUCCGAAAAUUGCAAAGCUGCUUGUACUAUCCACGAUCUUUGGGUGCCUACCCAUGGGUCUAACUGUUGCUUCCAUUGUGACAGGAAAACCCCCCUUUGUAACUCCUCGAGAAAAAAGAGAGUCCGCGAAGACUGCACAACAGCAGUUCAAUACAGAAGGUAACGGUGAUCUUACUGCUAGUGUUCUGGCGUACGAAAGCUGGCUUUCAAAUCAGCGGUCUAUGUCACGAGGAGAGUUGAAAAACUGGUGUACAGAGAACUAUGUUUCGAACCAAGCCUGUAGGGAUAUCUACUCAUCUCGGCGACAAUUCCUGAGUAACCUAGUGCAAACUGGGUUCAUUGAUACCGACCGUGAGGAUCGGUUACCGGAAGAGUACAGAGCUCACGAUGGUAACCUUAAGCUGAUCAGAGCACUUGUUGGCGCAGCGUUCACACCCAACAUAGCAGAGAUUGUGUUUCCAGAAAAAGUUUUCAAAACAGUGAGUGCAGGCACUAUAGAAGCAGACCAUGCAGCUCAAAAAAUACGUUACUUUACUCCAACAGGUGAGCGAGUGUUUAUUCACCCAGGCUCUUUACUGUUUGGUGUGAAUAAGUUCGUGGACGAAGCAAGCUUCUUGAGUUAUACAUCUUCAAUUGUUUCUAGCAAGUACUUUAUCAGUACACUGACUCCGCUAAGCAUUUAUGGACUGAUUUUUUUCUCCAACUUGAUUGAAGUUGAUCCAUUAGGUGCCGGUGUAAUUGUUGAUGGUUGGACCGGCCUCAAGUGCUGGCCCCGAGUAGGUCUACUUGUGCAAUUUUUGAAACAGAAGUUCUCGGAGCUCUUGAUGCGCAAAUUCGCGAAUCCACACCUGAAUAUAUCCUCACACCCUGUUAUGACAGUCGUACACGAGCUUAUAGAAAGUGACGGAAAAGGGAAGUUUUAA